GGAAACACUACAAAAUUAACGUGAACGAGCGCUUCUCCCUCUCCUAUCAGAACUAUGGUGACUGUGAAGGUGGGGCCAACAAUUGCAGAUUUUUUUGUGAUUGUGAACCUGGGUACCAUGAAUUUCUUUGUGAAUUGGAUAUGGAUGAAUGUGAAAUCUCACCUUGUCUAGAUGGAGAAAAUUGUGUCAACAGAACUGGAGUGUACAACUGCCUCUGUGCUCCUGGUUGUACAGGCAUCAACUGUGAAGUAGAUAUAGACAAAUGUGUAUUAAAGCCCUGUCUCCGUGAUGGAGCUUGUAUUGAUCUUGUCAAUCAUUAUAUCCGUGACUGCAAGGGCGGCUUUUUUGGAACACACUGUGAAACAAAUGCAAAAGAUUGCCUCUCUAAUCCUUGUCUGUGUGGAAGAUACACAGAUCUCAUUAAUGAGCAUCGGUGUUCAUGUGAUACAGAAUGGACUAGCUCCAGAUGCGAGAUCAAGAUUAAUGGCUGCACAUCAAUCCCUUGUAUGAAAGAAGGCUCCUGUCAGAAGUCAGACCACAGCUUCACUUGCAUUUGCCCAAGUGGAUGUACUGGUGCACGUUGUGAGAUAAAGACUGAUAGUCGUGUGGAGCCUGAACUGAAUUUGGACCUCUGUCCUAAAGGAGGGAUUAGUGUUCAUGAAUCUGGACACACUUUGUACUGCAGUUCUGAUGUUCCAGAUUAUGAACCCCUUAUUUUAGAUCUAUUUGGAAGCGUGGAGCCAUCUGAAGCAGUUGCAUGCAGCCCUCUGUUGGGGCCCCUUCUGAAUGCUGCUCAUCGUCCAUAG